CCAAUCUAUUCGUACAGCGUGUUUCCCAACGGACGACCGUUAGGGCGGCUGAUGCGCCCAAUGAUUCGCCGGGGAUGACCUUAUCGGGGCUUAUCCUGUGCUGUUCGAAAGGCUGACAGGCACCAGGGAUAUGCAAGCCAUAGCAACUUCGAAAGUGACAACCAUGCUCCCCCCUCUUUCUUUCCCUUUUUUUCUAUGAACCGAAUCGGCUCCAUGUCUCAUCAUCUCCCUCCCUUAUGGCUGCCAGCGAAUACACGCCUCUACUCGAACCCUCCACACGGCCGCAAGACCGGUCAUCGCGAUGGAGGGUUCUGGCUCUGAUCUGUUUCAUUGUCCUGAUCCAGGACUUCGCUGAGUAUCUCUCCCAGGCGCCCCAGACCGAAAUUUGGCUCGAGGUUGUCACUCGCAAGUUCUGUCCUGUAGGGCAGGAUGGGCCGGAAUGUCAGAUGGACCGCGUGCAGAGGGAGGUGGCCCUCCUGCAGGGCUGGAAGGAUACGCUGGAGCAGGUCCCGGGUAUACUGUUUGCAGUCCCAUAUGGCGUGCUGGCUGACCGGAUCGGACGUCGACCGGUCUUGCUUCUAUGCGCGGUGGGAUUCACGCUGAGCGAUACGUGGACCAAGGCUGUCGGCUGGUUCUCCGAUCAGCUCCCGCUGCGACUGAUCUGGCUUGGUCCGAUAGCUCAAGUAUUGGGUGGCGGCACACAAGUAGCCACCUCCAUUAUGUUCGUCAUACUCGCUGAUUUGUUCAGCGACGAAGAGCAGAUCACGGCAUUUCUCUACGUAUCAGCCACGGUGCUCGUCAGCGAGAUUCUGGCCACCCCGCUUAGUGCUCUGCUCAUGACGAAGAACAUCUGGCUACCGUAUCUACUAUCACCGGCUUUCAAUGCUGGUGGUGGUCUCCUUUUGCUCCUCUUACCGGAGACAUUACCCCGGACCCCACCCGGCCAACCGUCGUCUUCCGAGCAGACAUCACAACGACAGACUUUCCGGGGGCGCAUCAGAGCUGGAGUUGAUGAGCUGAGCCGGUCAAUUGCUGUAGUUUGGCGACAUCGUCCGGUGCAACUAUUUCUGGUGGUGUUCUUUAUUGCGUAUCUGGGAAUGCAGGUUAUGAAACUGCUUCUGCUCUUUGCUGCCGACCGGUUUCAUUGGACAAUUGCGCAGGCCAGCUUCCUCAUACCCGUACGAGGGUUUACUAGACUACUCCUGCUUCUCGUAAUCCUGCCAGGCAUAUCGCGCUGGCUCGUAGAGCGACGGCGCAUGUCCCCAUUCACCAAGAACACUAGACUGGCUCUGACGAGUAGCGCUUGUAUGGGCGUAGGAUGUCUGCUGAUUGCGCUGUCUAGCCAUCCGGCGGGCGCAGUUUUGGGGCUGGUCGUGUAUGCGCUCGGUUCGGCAAUGCACCUAUUUGCUCGGCGCAUUAUCACCUCGCUCGUUGACGCGCAUCACAUGGGUACGCUGUAUACGGCGAUUGCGGUGAUGCAGGGAAUCGGAGUAUUGGUAGCUGGGCCAAUGAUGGCGACAGCGUAUGGCUGGGGAUUGGCCCAGGGUGGAGUGUGGACGGGGGCGCCCUUUUUGCUGGUGGGUGGACUUUAUGGGGCGGCUGGGUUGGCAAUCCUCCUGGGAAGUUGGGAGGGCCGCAAGGAUGAUCUGGAGGAUGGAAGAUGCAGCGAGACUAUUGGCUAGGACAGACACAUCAUCGCUACUUUCACAGCACUUUUAGUCUAGCACAAGAUAAGCGAUUGUGGUACCUAGUUUGACUGAAGCUUAACAGUUUUAGUUUAUCGUUGAA